CAAUCGGCUGAUAACCUGCACGGUACAUCGACUGCACUUCAUUCUCAAAUUAAUAAUACAGACGAUUUAAAUGCGACUUUGUUUACAAUGCAACAAGUUCUAUUAUGCACUGCACUAGUUGAUAUAGUCGAUAAUAAAAACAGAUGUUUUACAAUACGUGCUCUUUUAGAUAAUGGAAGUCAACACUCUUUCAUUUCUAGCGAAUUAUUUAAACGAUUAAAUAUAAAAUCUAUACAGUCCACUAUACGAAUUUCGGGUGUGGGACAAUCACUCACUCAGUCGAAUGAAAGAUGUGAGAUUAAUAUACGAUCAAAAACCUGUGAUUAUAGUACGCGGGUUCAGUGCAUGGUUCUGCCAUGCAUUACGUCGAUUAUACCUUCAAAGCCAGUAGAUUAUAAGUUAUUACGUAUCCCGGAUAAUAUUCAUCUUGCGGAUCCAUCCUUUAAUGAACCGUCCGUGAUUGAUUUAUUAAUCGGUGCAGAUGUAUUCUGGGAUAUGUUAUACGAAAGUAGAAUUCGCUUACCGAGUGGACCGUUCCUACAGAACUCUAAAUUAGGGUGGUUGAUUUCAGGUCCAGUCGGUAGCGACUAUCCGCGUAAGAAUAAUCAGAUUCAGUGUAAUUUAACACAAACAAUAGAUUCAAAUUUAAAACGAUUUUGGGAACUAGAAGAAAUAACUAGUAGAAAUGAAAUACAUACUGAAGACGAACACGCAUGCGAAUACUUAUAUGAAACCACAACAAAACGGGACAUAGAUGGUAGAUUUUUAGUGCGAAUUCCCUUACGGAAAUCAGCUGAUCAUCUUGGUGAAUCGUAUUCUUUCGCUAAAUCCCGUUUCUUAUCGUUGGAACGCAAGUUACAUCGAUUACCGUUCUAUAAAAAAUUGUAUUGUGAUUUUAUACGCGAGUAUAUUGAACUGGGGCAUAUGACGAGGGUAAAUGAAUAUAAUAAACCAUAUUAUUUUCUACCUCAUCACGGAGUUCUACGUGAACACAGUACGACAACUAAGUUACGUGUUGUUUUUGACGCUAGUGCUGUGACCACGUCAAACUUGUCAUUGAACGAUAUUCAGUACGUCGGACCGCCUCUACAAAAUGACAUUCCGAGAUUGGAAUUAUGCGGCGCCUUGUUAGGAGCCAGAUUAUAUACGAAAAUUACAUCUUCAAUGAGGUUUCAAUUCAAUAAAGUGUAUUUUUGGACGGACUCGACUAUAGUUAUGGGGUGGAUCCGUAUGUCACCUCAUUUAUUAAAAACAUUUGUGCAACACCGCGUGACCGAAAUAAAUGAGUUAACUGGUGAUUCAAUUUGGUUACAUGUUAAUAGUAAGGAUAACCCGGCCGAUCUUGUGUCUAGGGGUGUUUACCUCGAUAUGCUUAUCGACUGUACGCUAUGGUGGAGGGGUCCUUUGUUUUUACAAGACCGGCAGUUUGACUUUAAAAUCGAUCAUAGUACGUAUGAUUCAGUUUUGUUGCCGGAAGUAAAAAAUCAAAUCAUAUGUGCUUCUUCCAGCAUAUCCAAUAGUUUAAUCGACUUCUUGCGAUUCUCCUCACUUAAACGAUUAAAACGAAGUAGUGCCUACGUAAUACGUUUCAUAACCAACGCCCGCUCGUCUAAGUCCCUACGUAAAACAGGCUCAUUAUCCGUUAACGAGUUGGACGCAGCGACAAAUAUGUUAGUUCGGUUUGCACAAUCGGAAUCGUUUGCAAAUGAAUAUGAUAAUCUAUUGAAACAAUUACCGAUCAAGGGGAAAGGUGUUUCAAAUAAAGUUUCCGGUCUUAAUAUAUUUUUAGAUAAAAAUGACAUAAUCAGAAUUGGUGGUAGAUUGACCAACUCACACUAUUUCGAUUAUAAUAAAAAACAUCCAAUAUUACUCUCCGAUCCAAACGAUUUCCUCCCCUUGACUCCUUCGCAUUUCCUCAUUGGUCGGCUUCUGACCGCGCCUCCAUGCAAGGAUCUGACGUCUACUCCAACACAUCGUUUGAUACGAUAUGAUCGCAUAGAACAAAUGAGGCAACACUUUUGGCAACGCUGGUCUAAGGAGUACGUGGCGGAACUUCAAACAAGAACGAAGUGGAAAUUGCAUCAACCAGACAUUCGUCUAAAUACAUUAGUACUUAUUAAAGAAGAGAAUCUACCACCACUAAAAUGGCGACUGGGUAGAAUUACACGUACCUUCCCGGGCAAAGACGGAAUAUGCAGAGUGGCAGAGAUACUCACAGCAACUGGUAUCAUUCAUCGUGCCACUUCUAAGAUAUGUCCGCUUCUACCUCAAGGCACAGAAACGAAUUAAAGGAAGGAAAACCUCAAUUAUAGCAUAUGUUGAAAGUCUAUACAUUCCAUUAGCUUUCAAAGGCGGGGCCAUGUUAACGCCAUCUAUCAGACUCAUAAGGAAUCAAAGGCGUCAUCAAUGUG